UCCCCGCCCCGGCCGGGCCGCGGGGCGGAGCUGCGGGGAAGUAGCGGCCGCGGCCGCCCCUGUCUGCCUCCGUAGCGGCCUUGCAGCAAAGGGCGCCCCGCGGUUGCCGCGACACGCACCCCCCGCCCCUGGCCUUCUGCUUCUCGCCGGGGCCCGGAGCAGCAGCCCCGCUGCCUUCCCUCCUCCCGCCGCCGCGUAGGCCUGGCGCCACGGGGUGAGGCGGUGCGAGGCAUGAAGCUGAGCAAAGCCCAGUACGAUGAAAUAGCCCAGUUCCUGGGGCACGUGCAGCCCACCCGGCAGAGCCUGAGGAAGCUGAAGGAGAAGUUCCCUAGUCAAUCGCAGUCCACUCUGCUGAGCAUCUUCUCCCAGGAGUACCAGAAACAAAUCAAAAGAACACAUGCCAAACAUCACACUGCUGAAGCUAUUGAAACUUACUACCAAAGGUACCUGAAUGGGGUGAUGAAAAAUGCAGCUGCCCCUGUAUUACUGGAGCUGGCCAAUGAGGUGGACUUUGCCCCAUCGUUGAUGGCCCGUAUUGUGUUAGAAAGAUUUCUACAAGAAAAAGAACAAGCCAUCCCCUCCAAAACUCUUAUAAAUAGUAUGCUACGAGACCCUUCUCAGAUUCCAGAUGGAGUUCUAGCAAAUCAAGUCUAUCAGUGUACUGUGAAUGACUGUUGUUAUGGACCACUGGUGGACUGCAUCAAACAUGCUAUUGGGCAUGAGCAUGAAGUCUUGCUGCGAGAAAUGCUUUUGGAAAAAAAUCUCUCUUUCAUAGCUGAAGAUCAGCUUCGUGCAAAGGGUUAUGACAAAACACCAGACUUUAUUUUAGAGGUUCCAGUAGCUGUUGAAGGACACAUAAUUCACUGGAUUGAAAGCAAAGCCUCAUUCGGUGAUGAAAGUAGCCACCAAGCCUACUUGCAGGACCAGUUUUGGAGCUACUGGAACAGAUUUGGCCCUGGAUUGGUCAUCUACUGGUACGGAUUUAUUGAAGAGCUGGACUGCCAUCGUGAACGUGGUAUCCUGCUAAAAGACUGCUUUCCUACUGACAUUGUGACUCUGCGACACAGCAUGGCUCAGCACUGAUGUUGGGAGGAAGAGAAUCACAUACCUGAUCCAAAGCUCUGUUUGCUUCAUGAAGAGAAACACAAGGCUCCUUCUCCCAUGUGCCAACACCGGCCAAAGUUCUUCUUGUAGCUUAGUGGCUGCUUCUGAAGAGAGGCAACCUGCAGCCUCCUGAAGAACAGCAAAUGGAAACAUCAAUGUCACCAGAGACUGAGAUGGCACCUUGGCUUUGCCUAGUCCUGGCUUGCAAGACCCUCUCCAGAAGCCCCACCUUGCUGGAUCAGUACACAGGUGUCCUCUUAGCCAGAGAGGGCAACAAGGCUGCUUCUGCGUUGUCUUUUAAGUUGAAAGCAACUUUGUUCUCCCAGCAUAUUCUGCUAGUUGUAUCUGGGAUACUUGCUUUUUUUCAUUUGUUUCCAAUUUCCCUAAUGAGGUUUUUCAUUGUUCUUUCCUUUAUGCAGUUUUCACAGUUUUCUUUCAUCUAAUUCAAUUUGUUAAAUCUCCCCCAUUCCCUUUCCAUGUGGCUUUAGGAUAAAAAAUGAAAAGUGUUCUUAGAGGCGUAGUAGCCUGCGUAUUUACAACAGUGACACCUUAAAACUCUAAUGUACUCAAGUUGUGCUUUUAAAUAUGUUGGCCAGUCAAAGGCUUCCCACAGAUCCACUAACAAUGUUAAAACACGACUUCCUCUGUCUAUUUAGCCCUUGUAUGGCAAGUCUGUAAGUGAUGGCUUCCUGGUUUUAUAAAUACUAACAGCUAAACAGCAAA